GGAAGAAAGUUCUUUUGCUCUUCAUCAUCCACUUUUAGCAAAAAUCAAACAAGAUGGCAAAACAAGCAAAGAGGACGAAAAAGUUUAUCAAGAAUAAACUUGACAGUUCAUUGAAGAAUCGAAAAGAGAACAAGAAAAAAUCUGCUCAGAUAGAAAGGUCGAAGAAAAAUAAAGAAGCAAGAACUGCGUUUAAGGGAUCUUCGAACGGCAAUCAUGCAUCAGAACAAGAUCUGACUGUCGAAGCAGGAUCUGAUGAAGAUGCAGAAGAUGUUGAUGAAAUUGCUAAGCCCCGAAAAGCAGGUGGAAGGAUGACUGUUGAUGAAUUUAUGGGUGGAGGAUUUAAAGGAUUGGAAGGAGCUGGAAAAGGGGAGGCCGAAGAUGAAAGUGAUGAGGAUGACGAAGAAGAGGAUUACGAUAGCGAUGACGACGAUUUAGAAGAUGUUGAAGACCUUUCUGACGAAGAAGAUGAAGGCCGCGAUCAUGCGCAAGACUUGGCAAAAUUGGCAGAACGGGAUCCGGAGUUCUUCAAGUAUCUACAAGAGAACGAUCAAGAGCUACUGCAAUUCGGUGGAGAAGAGGAGGGAAAUGAUGGCUCAGAAGAUGAAGAAGAUGUUGAGAUGACUGACAAGAAGGGCAAGGGUAAAGCUGUGUCCGAAAGUAGGUCGGAGAAUGUGACAUCAGAUAUGCUCAAACAAUGGCAAAAGAGUAUCUUGACCACACAUUCACUUCGAGCUUUCCGAAAGUUGCUAUUGGCUUUCCGUGCUGCUGCUCACAUGGGCGCUGAUGAUGCUGCUAAUCUCGCAUAUUCAGUCAACAAUGCAGCUGUGUUCAACAAGCUAAUUAUGACAACGCUUAAAUACGUUCCUGUCGUUUUGCAACAUCAUAUCGGAUACAAGCAGCUCCCUUCGGGCAAAUACAAAUUGCCAUCUAAUAGCAAGAAGUUUGCCGCCCUUCAAAAAUCUGUUCAAAGCUUCUUUUUGAGCUUACACCGUCUCUUGCGAACGUUACCCGAACAUAAACUGCUUUACGUCUGUGUAGAUGAAAGCGCAAAGAUGAUCCCAUACAUCUUGCAAAACAGAAGAGUUGCUCGUCAGCAUGCAAAGAUCUUGCUAGAGUUAUGGUCAACGGCUGAAGAAAAUGUUCGAAUUGCAGCUUUCUUGUCGCUAAGAAAGAUGGCAGCUGCAGGCGAUGAAGCUUUGUUGGAGUUGUGCUUACAUGGCGCUUAUCGUGGUAUCGUUCGUGGAUCAAAGGCAAUGACGGUACAUUCUUUGGCCAAUAUCAAUUUGAUGAAAAAUUCGGCAAGUGAACUUUUCUCGAUUGAUUUGAAUGCAAGUUAUCAGCAAGCAUUUGGUUUCAUUCGACAAUUGGCAAUCCAUUUGCGUGCAUGUUUGAAGAAUAAAACACAAGAGUCUUACCAGGCUGUGUACAAUUGGCAAUACGUUCACUGCAUUGACUUUUGGUCGAUCGUUUUGGCAACGACGUGCGAUAAAGAAAGAGUUGCCGAACAAGGUCAAGCAAGUAUUAUGCAGCCACUGAUUUAUCCCUUAGUACAGGCUGCCACUGGUGCAAUUGGUCUUAUCCCAACUUCAAGAUAUUUCCCAUUGCGUCUUCACAUCGUUCAAUCCUUGCUCCGAUUGAUGCAAAGAACAGGCACAUAUAUCCCCUUGGCACCAAUUCUUUUGGAAAUGCUAGACGCUCCCGAAUUUAUGCCUCGUAAAUCAAAAGCAUCUACUGCAUUACCUCUACAAAUGGAUUUGCUCAUUCGAGCACCCAAAUCACAUUUACGCACAAAAGUCUACGCUGAUCAAUUGGCAGAAGAUUUAUCUUUCCGUUUAUUGGAGUUCUUGGCCACCUUGUCACGAAGUAUCGCAUUCCCCGAAUUGGUCAUUCCGAUUCUAUCGGCUCUGCGAAGAUCGAUCAAAACGGCAAAAGGUCAACAAAACAGCAAUAAGAAUUCAAGAGAUCAAUCUAAAUUUGUGGGAACGUUACGUAACCUGAUCGAAAAGAUUGAAAGACAUUCUGAUCAAAUUCGAUCGAACAGGAAUGGGGUAGAAUUUGCACCAAGGGAUCAAGAUCAAGUGGCCAAAUUCUUAUCAGAUCAUAAACAAGAAUUACCAGUUGAGGCAGCCUUGCGUUUAGCACGUAAAGUCCGAACGGACAAAGAGGCUCUAUUAAAGCAAAGUCAAAUUGAGGUUUCACAGGAUGGAGAAGAAGAAGCAUCAGAAGACGAAGAAAUGAGCGAUCUGGAGGAGGACUUGGAAUUAGACGAAGAUGAAGAAGACUGAGCCGAUGAGAUAGAG